AAACUAUGUAACCGGCCAUUGUGCUGCCUCUAUACCCAAUAUAAAGCACCUCAUCUGUCAUUCUUCAGCUCCUUCAAUGGGUACCCUCAUGUCCUCCUGGGAGACCCUCCCUCCUCUAUCCGACUUCAUCCUCCCCACGCCAGAAACCUACACCAUCCUGAUCAACAUCUUCCAAUACUUCCCUACCAUCUCCCUAAUCCAAUGGCUCACCUCCUUCCACCCAGCAGGCAAAACCUCCCUGCGAACCUCCCGCCUAAACCUGCCGGGACGCUGGGCCUGGUUCGCCAUGGAGAUCAUCGGCCCGGUGAACCUCAUGUACAUCCUAUGGGCUGGCUCCUCAUCCCCUUAUCUCCCCCUCCCCCUCCCCCUCCAAAAUAAGCUGCUCGCAUCCCUCUACGUCCUCCAUUAUAUCAACCGCGCGAUCAUCUCCCCGCUGUUCAGCGCACCGAGCAUGUCGCCCAUUCAUUUGUCGAUUGUUGUUUCGGCGAUGGUCUUCAAUUGGUUGAAUUCGGUGUGUUUGGGGGGGUGGCUGUUGGGGUUUCAUGUUUUGAUUUCUCAGGGUCAGGAUCAGGGUCAGGAUCAGGGUGCGGCUGCUCCGACUAAAAUCCCAACAAGCCCCGGCUAUUAUAGCGCUGUUGUCCCGCCGAUUGGUCUCGUCCUCUUCUUUGCGGGCAUGGCGUGUAAUAUCUACUCCGAAAGGAUCUUAUUUCGGUUGAGGAGGGAGGAAGGGGAGAGGCGUGAGAAGAGGGAGAAGGGAUUCGACUCGGGUUCUGAUUCAAUCACCGCGAGUGUCGAUUUUAAUACUAAUGCUGAUGCUAAUACUAACACUAAUGUUAAUACCAAUACCAAGAGACCCCCCAACAAAUACUCAAAAAUAUACAUCAUCCCCCCCGCCACCGGCCCCUUCUACUCCAUCCUAUACCCGCACUACGUCGCCGAAUGGAUCGAAUGGACCGGCUUCGCUCUCCUCGGCACGGCUGUCAUCCCAACCGCAUUCACCUCUGCUUCCUCCGCUAUUCUAUCCCCCUCCUCCUUCUCCUCCUCCGCAGGACCAGGACCAGGACCAGGAGCAAGCGCCCCCCUCUCCCCCAUAACAGUAACCCUCACCACUGCCUCCACCAUCUCCUCCCUCCCACUGCAUCUCGCUCCGUGGCUCCUCCCCGCCGCGCGUCUCGCCCGCCGUCUCAAUCUCCCGCUGCCGCUCCCCGCGCUGGUGUUUCUGGUGAAUGCCGUCACAAAUAUGCUCCCGCAUGCCAGGUGGGGGCGGAAGUGGUAUGUGCGGAGGUUUGGGGAGGAGAGGGUCGGGCGGAGGGGGGCCGUGGUGCCGUUUUGGGGGGGGUGUUAG